AUCACGUGACGCUCCUUCACAUUCUGUCCGCAUCCUUGAACCUCGUCGCCAUCAUCUUUAGCUAGCUAACAUCUCACUUUAACCUUUAAGUGUGAGAGUUGGUCACUUAUACUUGCUAUUAUGACAUCUGUCACUUCAGUCUGUGGGUAUUUUACUCUGCUAGAAUGAUAUAAUGCGAGUUUUCAAUAAAUGUAUGUCAGACAUUACGCGGAAGUGUAUAACCAGAUACACUAGCCAUAGCUGUUAUCACACUAGUCUUUGGUCUUGAGAAGUCACGUUAGCAAGGACCAAGUUGCGAAGGGUCGCUAGCCUCGCAUUGCGCCAGCCAGCCAGCUCGGUGUCUCUCCAGGCCUGGGACAGACCCGUACAGAGCCGAGGCAGUGGAGAUAGGUGAGCUAAACUAGCGGAGUGGUUGAAACAACCCCAGGAUCUCUUGAAGCUGAUCGUCCCCGCCGCCCCAGACCGGCUCCUCUGCAGCGUCACUGACACCAGCUCAUCCACGCGGCUGUGCCUUAGGGGAAGUGAAGAUGUCUGAGGGAGAGAACAAGCAGGCUCCUGUCCAGGAAGUGCGACAGGAGUCCGGCGCGGCUGCCGCCGCAUCGACGGUUCAGGGGGUGUCAUCAGUAUCUCCCCCGGUGUCCAUGGUAACACAGCCUCCGCCAACGGCAGCCACAGAAGAUGAGGAAGAAGAAAGUGAGGACGAGUCAGAGAUCCUGGAAGAAAGUCCAUGUGGUCGCUGGCAGAAACGAAAAGAAGAGGUGAAUCAACGCAAUGUUCCCGGGAUUGAUAAUGCCUACUUGGCAAUGGACACAGAGGAAGGAGUGGAGGUGGUUUGGAAUGAGGUCAUGUUCUCAGAAAGGAAAAACUUCAAACUGCAGGAGGAAAAGGUUAAAGCAGUUUUUGACAACUUGAUCCAACUGGAGCAUUUGAACAUUGUGAAGUUUCACAAGUACUGGGCCGAUGUGAAGGAGAACAGAGCGAGGGUUAUCUUCAUCACUGAAUACAUGUCCUCGGGAAGUCUAAAACAGUUUCUAAAAAAGACAAAGAAAAACCACAAGACGAUGAAUGAAAAGGCUUGGAAGCGCUGGUGCACACAGAUACUCUCUGCUCUCAGCUACCUGCAUUUAUGUGAGCCUCCCAUCAUCCACGGCAACCUCACCUGUGACACCAUCUUCAUCCAGCACAACGGCCUCAUCAAGAUCGGCUCAGUGGCCCCAGACACCAUUAACAACCACGUCAAAACGUGUCGGGAGGAGCAGAAGAGCUUGCAUUUCUUCGCCCCAGAGUAUGGAGCCGUGGCCGACGUCACCACCGCUGUGGACAUCUAUUCCUUUGGAAUGUGCGCCUUGGAGAUGGCAGUGCUGGAGAUCCAGAGCAACGGAGAGUCCUCCUACGUCUCCCAGGAGGCCAUCAACAGUGCCAUCCUGUUCCUGGAGGAUCCGCUGCAGAGGGAGUUCAUCCAGAAGUGUCUGGAGGUGGACCCCAGCAAGCGGCCCACGGCCAAGGAGCUGCUGUUCCACCCCGCCCUCUUUGAGGUGCCCCUGCUGAAGCUGCUGGCUGCCCACUGCAUCGUCAGCCUCCAGCACAUGAUUCCAGAGAACGCUUUAGAGGAGAUAACCAAGAACAUGGAUCCUAACCUGGUCAUCGUGGAGAUCAAGGAAGGGGUUCAGCUCAAACUCUCCCAGUUCCCUGCGCUAGAACUGGACAAGUUCCUGGAAGACGUGAGGAAUGGGAUCUACCCCCUGACGGCGUUCGGCGUGCCCGGCUCCCAGCAGCCCCAGCAGGAGACCGUCAAGUCACCGGUGGUGCUCCCCUCUGUGAAGUCCCCCACGCCAGAGCCCUCUGAGCUGGAGACCCGGAAGGUCCUGCAGAUGCAGUGCAACAUUGAGCCUGUUGACGAGGGCUCUAAACAUCACCUCACGCUUCUGUUGAAGCUGGAGGAUAAGCUGAACCGACACUUGAGCUGUGAUUUGUUACCCAGCUCAGAUGAGAACGUCCAGGAGCUGACAGUGGAGCUGGUUCAGCUGGGCUUCAUCAACGAGGGGGAUCAGCCGCGGCUGGCGCUGGUCCUGGAAGAGGCCUUCUCCAAGUUCUAUGGCCGGAGCGGCUCGCUGAAUCCGGUCACCGUCUCCUCCUAGCGCCACCCUCCCCCUCCUCCUCGUCCCCCCCCCAUACCUCCUCCUUUCCCUGAACCCGCCGCCCCCCUCGAUCUGGUCUGGAGCCACGGGGACCCCCCCCCCAGGGAGGAGGGUCUGAUCGGGGGCGGGGGGGGGGCCUGCCAUGGCCUGCUUGCCUUCGCAUCCUCGUAAUUUCUUCGCCCUCCAGUGCCCGCCCAUUCCCCCCAGUGUUGCUUCUUUCCUCUGAACCAGCUGGGAGAGCCCGCAGAAUGGCAUUUCUACAUUUAGGCUUGGUUCCCUCAAGUCUCUCUAAAGAUCUAGAGAACAAUGGAAACAAGUGGCUCCAACCUUCAUAUAAGUCUGUAUUGAACUUUGUUUUUUGAUAAUGAGAAAUGCGAAAAUCCCCCCCCGGGGUUAUAUUGGUCUAUGUGAUUCCUGUGUGUGUGAGUGUCUGAUAACCUCUUGUCUUCUGUCGAUCAUCCAGUCUCUGCCUUCAAAGGGCCUGAAGCUAACGAUCUAUUGUCUUUAUUACUGUCAACUUCUCUGCCAACAAACACAAUCCAUCAUCUGUUUAUUUGUUUCUUGCGCGUCGUAUUUCACUUCCAGCACUUGAACAAGUGGUCUUUUGGUGAAUAUGGUUCUUUGAUUAUUUGAAAAAUGUUUAAACCUCACCUGGCUUUGGUGUCCGGUGGGCUGUUAUUAUUUUAACUUGUCUAUUACAUUGCCUUUUCAGGAUAAGGUUGAACAACAUGAUAUGCUGGUGCCAUGUGUGUGUGUGUGUGUCAGUGUGUAUAGAAAAUAUGUACAUAUAAUAUCCAUGGGCCUGAAGCUGUGGCCUCUAAACCCUAAAGAUGACCGUGUAUAUGAAACGGGGAUCAUUUCCAUCCCCUGUUUUUAGUCUGUAGCUCUACGAGGUGGUUAAAGACCUAUGGUAAACCUUGAAUGGUUUAGAAUCUUCAGCCAUUCCUGAACGUUAUCAUAUCGUCUCUCCGAGGGUGGCCCUACAAUGGCUGAUCCUUUGUCGAACGCCCUGUGGUCAAGCACUGGUCGAUAUCAACAACUGGUGACUUCUGGUAGAGCUCACUGUUUGUUCUGUCUGGAUCUUCACAGGGUCUGUCUAAUCCAUGAGAUGCAGGCACCGGAGUGCAUGGCAUGCUAGUAACCAUCUUGUAUGCACUGUAUGCUGGCUGCACGGCUGUAACUGUAUGUCUGUUUCUGCACAAUACCGCCCUCCUCUUUUUCAAUUACUCCAAUAAAAAUAUGCACCUUGAAAA